GGGGGGGCAGCGCAGGCAGCGCACCAAGAUGGCGACAACCGCAGUUCCUCCUGCAGCUCCCCCACCUCCGCAGUCCAGCAACGCCUUGCGGGAGACGCGCUAGUGCAGCGGCCACAAGCUGACCUGUCCGGGGUGCAACAUAACUAAAGAAGCUGCUGCAGGAUGAAAAGAUGGCAGCACGGCUGCUCGCACCACCAGGCCCUGAUAGUUUUAAACCCUUCACGCCGGAGUCUCUGGCUAACAUUGAGAAACACAUUGCAGAAUUAAAAAAGAAGCAGCGUCCAAAGCAAGACAGCAGCCACCGGGAUGAUGAUGAAGACAGCAAACCAAAACCAAACAGUGACCUUGAGGCGGGGAAGAAUUUGCCUUUCAUCUACGGGGACAUCCCAAAAGGCCUGGUUGCUGUACCACUGGAGGACUUUGACCCUUAUUAUAUGACCCAGAAAACCUUUGUAGUACUAAACAGAGGGAAAACACUCUUCCGAUUUAGUGCCACACCUGCCUUGUACAUUUUAAGUCCUUUUAAUCUGUUUAGAAGAAUAGCUAUUAAAAUUUUGAUACAUUCAGUAUUUAGCAUGAUCAUUAUGUGCACUAUUUUGACCAACUGUGUAUUCAUGACUUUUAGUAACCCACCUGAAUGGUCGAAGAAUGUGGAGUAUACAUUCACUGGUAUUUAUACAUUUGAAUCACUUGUGAAAAUUAUUGCAAGAGGUUUCUGUAUAGAUGGCUUUACUUUCCUACGUGAUCCGUGGAACUGGCUAGAUUUCAGUGUGAUCAUGAUGGCAUAUGUCACAGAGUUUGUGGACCUUGGGAAUGUCUCAGCAUUGAGAACUUUCAGAGUUCUCCGAGCUUUGAAAACUAUCUCUGUUAUUCCAGGCUUGAAGACCAUUGUGGGUGCCCUAAUUCAGUCUGUGAAGAAGCUGUCAGAUGUAAUGAUCUUGACAGUAUUUUGUCUCAGUGUCUUUGCUCUGAUCGGGUUGCAGCUGUUUAUGGGCAAUUUAAGGAACAAGUGUGUGAUAUGGCCAAUUAAUGUGAAUGAGACUUUCCUGGAUAACGGCUCUAGGGGCUUUGACUGGGAGGAAUACACCAACAAUAUGUCAAAUUUUUACAUAAUUCCUGGCGCCCCUGAUCCUUUGCUCUGUGGUAACAGCUCAGAUGCAGGUCAAUGCCCGGAGGGUUACACGUGCAUGAAAGCAGGACGGAACCCGAACUAUGGUUACACAAGCUUUGACACUUUCAGCUGGGCUUUUCUGGCUUUAUUUCGCCUUAUGACUCAGGACUUUUGGGAAAACUUGUAUCAAUUAACCUUACGAGCAGCAGGAAAAACCUACAUGAUCUUCUUUGUCUUGGUGAUCUUUGUGGGAUCGUUCUAUCUGGUUAACCUAAUUUUGGCUGUGGUAGCUAUGGCUUAUGAAGAGCAGAACCAGGCCACAUUGGAGGAGGCAGAACAGAAGGAGGCAGAAUUUAAGGCCAUGUUAGAACAAUUGAAAAAGCAGCAGGAGGAAGCACAGGCUGCUGCUAUGGUCACUUCAGCAGGGACAGUCUCAGAAGAUGCUGUGGAAGAUGACGGUGGGGGGAGGAUGUCUCGGAGCUCUUCAGAGAUUUCCAAACUCAGUUCCAAGAGCGCCAAGGAGCGUCGAAACAGAAGGAAAAAACGAAAGGACAAGGAACUGUCAGAAGGAGAGGAGAAGUGUGACAAUGAAAAGGUGUUCAAGUCUGAAUCUGAGGAUGGCAUGAGGAGGAAAGCAUUCAGGCUACCAGAUAACAGGCUAGGAAGGAAAUUUUCCAUCAUGAACCAGUCUCUCCUCAGUAUCCCAGGCUCCCCUUUUCUCUCCCGACACAAUAGCAAGAGCAGCAUCUUCAGCUACAAAGGGCGAUUUCGUGACCCAGGUUCAGAGAACGAGUUUGCUGAUGACGAGCACAGCACAGUGGAGGAAAGCGAAGGCAGGAGAGACUCCCUUUUCAUCCCCAUCCGCGGUCGCGAUCGAAGGAGCAGCUACAGCGGCUACAGUGGCUACAGCCAGGGCAGCCGGUCCUCGCGGAUUUUCCCCAACCUCCGCCGAAACGUGAAGAGGAACAGCACGGUGGAUUGUAACGGCGUGGUGUCCCUCAUCGGUGGUCCACCUUCCAGCAUGCCUGGGGGACGCCUUCUGCCUGAGGUGAAAAUAGAUAAGGCAGCUACCAAUGACAGUGGUACUACUGAAAUCGAAAUUAGAAAGAAACCUGGUGGGUCUCUCUUGGUCUCAAUGGAUCAGGUGAAUGCAUCCUAUGGAAGAAAGGAUCGAACCAACAGUGUAAUGACCGGGUUGACAAAUACCCUUGUUGAGGAGCUGGAAGAGUCCCAGAGGAAGUGUCCCCCUUGCUGGUACAAAUUUGCCAACACGUUCUUGAUCUGGGAAUGCCACCCGUACUGGAUCAAGCUGAAGGAGAUAGUGAACUUAAUUGUCAUGGAUCCUUUUGUUGACUUGGCCAUCACCAUCUGUAUUGUGCUGAACACUUUGUUCAUGGCAAUGGAGCACCAUCCUAUGACCCCAGAGUUUGAACAUGUGCUCUCCGUAGGAAAUCUGGUUUUCACUGGAAUUUUCACAGCAGAAAUGUUCCUGAAGCUCAUUGCCAUGGAUCCUUACUAUUAUUUCCAAGAAGGCUGGAACAUCUUUGAUGGAUUUAUUGUGUCCCUCAGUUUAAUGGAACUGAGUCUAGCAGAUGUGGAAGGACUUUCUGUGCUGCGAUCUUUCCGAUUGCUGAGAGUCUUCAAACUGGCCAAGUCCUGGCCCACUCUGAACAUGCUGAUAAAAAUCAUCGGUAACUCAGUGGGUGCUUUGGGGAACUUGACCUUGGUGCUAGCCAUCAUCGUGUUCAUCUUUGCUGUGGUGGGCAUGCAGCUCUUCGGCAAAAGCUACAAGGAGUGUGUCUGCAAGAUCAAUCCGGAGUGUGAGCUACCCCGCUGGCACAUGCACGAUUUCUUCCACUCCUUCCUUAUUGUCUUCCGUGUGUUGUGUGGGGAAUGGAUUGAGACCAUGUGGGAUUGUAUGGAAGUAGCAGGACAGGCCAUGUGCUUGAUUGUCUUCAUGAUGGUCAUGGUCAUCGGAAAUUUAGUGGUGCUGAACCUGUUCUUGGCCUUGCUACUGAGCUCCUUCAGCGCAGACAACUUAGCAGCAACAGAUGACGAUGGGGAGAUGAACAACUUGCAGAUUUCUGUUAUUCGCAUCAAGAAAGGUAUUGCCUGGACCAAGGCAAAAGUGCGUGAGUUCAUGCAGGCUCAUUUCAAGCAGAGAGAGGCAGAUGAGGUCAAACCCUUGGAUGAAUUGUAUGACAAGAAGGUGAACUGCAUUGCUAACCAUACAGGGGCUGAUAUCAACAGAGACAUUGAUUAUCAGAAGAAUGGGAAUGGCACGACGAGUGGAAUUGGGAGCAGUGUGGAGAAGUACAUAAUAGACGAAGAUCACAUGUCCUUCAUCAAUAACCCCAAUCUCACUGUCCGGGUACCUAUUGCUGUAGGCGAAUCGGAUUUUGAAAAUCUCAACACAGAAGAUUUCAGCAGUGAUACAGAUCCUGAUGGCAGCAAAGAGAAACUUGAUGAUACCAGCUCCUCUGAAGGUAGCACCAUUGACAUAAAGCCUGAAGUGGAAGAAGUCCCUGUGGAGGCACCAGAGGAGUAUCUGGACCCAGACGCAUGCUUCACAGAAGGUUGUAUGCAGCGCUGUAAGUGUUGUCAGGUCAAUAUUGAGGAAGGGCUGGGGAAGUCUUGGUGGACCUUGAGGAAGACUUGUUUUCUGAUUGUGGAACAUAAUUGGUUUGAGACUUUCAUCAUCUUUAUGAUCCUACUGAGCAGUGGUGCUCUGGCUUUUGAGGAUAUUUACAUAGAACAGAGAAAAACCAUCCGGACCAUCCUGGAGUAUGCGGACAAGGUCUUCACUUACAUUUUCAUCCUGGAGAUGUUGCUGAAAUGGUGUGCUUAUGGAUUUGUCAAGUUCUUCACUAACGCCUGGUGCUGGCUGGAUUUCCUCAUUGUGGCUGUCUCUUUAGUCAGCCUUAUAGCUAAUGCCCUGGGCUACUCGGAACUAGGUGCCAUAAAGUCCCUUAGGACACUAAGAGCUUUGAGGCCUUUAAGAGCGUUGUCCCGAUUUGAGGGGAUGAGGGUGGUUGUCAACGCCUUGGUUGGCGCUAUCCCUUCCAUUAUGAAUGUGUUGUUGGUCUGCCUUAUCUUCUGGCUGAUUUUCAGCAUUAUGGGGGUUAACCUGUUUGCCGGGAAAUAUCAUUACUGCUUUAAUGAAACAGCUGAGGAGCGCUUUGAAAUAAAUAUUGUUAACAACAAGACAGACUGCGAAGCACUGAUGCCACCCAACUCCACUGAGAUUCGAUGGAAGAAUGUGAAAAUUAACUUUGACAACGUUGGGGCAGGAUAUCUGGCUCUUCUGCAAGUUGCUACUUUCAAGGGCUGGAUGGACAUCAUGUAUGCAGCAGUAGAUUCCAGAAAGCAAGAAGAGCAACCCAAGUAUGAGGACAACAUUUACAUGUACAUAUAUUUUGUUAUCUUCAUUAUCUUUGGCUCCUUUUUCACCCUGAACUUGUUCAUUGGUGUCAUCAUUGACAACUUCAAUCAACAAAAGAAAAAGUUUGGAGGUCAAGAUAUUUUCAUGACAGAAGAACAAAAGAAGUACUAUAAUGCCAUGAAAAAACUGGGCUCAAAGAAACCUCAAAAACCUAUUCCCCGACCUCUGAACCGCAUUCAAGGAGCUGUCUUUGACUUUGUUACUCAGCAAGCAUUUGAUAUAGUCAUCAUGAUGCUCAUUUGCCUCAACAUGGUGACCAUGAUGGUGGAGACGGACACACAAAGCAAGCAGAUGGAGGACAUCCUUUACUGGAUCAACCUGGUGUUUGUCAUCUUCUUCACCUGUGAGUGCGUGCUGAAGAUGUUCGCCUUGCGGCACUAUUAUUUUACCAUCGGGUGGAACAUUUUUGACUUCGUGGUUGUGAUUCUGUCCAUCGUGGGCAUGUUCCUGGCUGAAAUCAUUGAGAAGUAUUUUGUGUCACCCACUCUCUUCCGAGUCAUCCGACUGGCUCGCAUUGGACGUAUCCUGCGUUUGAUCAAAGGAGCCAAAGGAAUCCGCACCUUGCUUUUUGCCUUAAUGAUGUCCUUGCCUGCCUUGUUCAACAUUGGCCUCUUGCUGUUCUUGGUCAUGUUCAUCUUCUCCAUCUUUGGCAUGUCAAACUUUGCCUACGUCAAGCAUGAGGCUGGCAUAGAUGAUAUGUUUAAUUUUGAGACCUUUGGCAACAGCAUGAUCUGCUUGUUCCAGAUCACUACAUCAGCUGGUUGGGAUGGCCUGCUGCUGCCAAUCCUAAACCGGCCUCCAGACUGCGACCUAGAGAAGGAGCACCCUGGGAGUGGUUUUAAGGGGGAUUGUGGGAACCCUUCAGUGGGGAUAUUUUUCUUUGUGAGUUACAUCAUCAUCUCCUUCCUAAUCGUGGUCAACAUGUACAUUGCCAUCAUCCUGGAGAACUUCAGCGUGGCGACAGAGGAGAGUGCAGAUCCACUAAGUGAGGACGACUUUGAGACCUUCUACGAGAUCUGGGAGAAAUUCGACCCCGAUGCCACGCAGUUCAUAGAGUACAGCAAGCUCGCAGACUUUGCUGAUGCUUUGGAACAUCCUCUCCGCGUCCCAAAACCCAACACCAUUGAACUCAUUGCCAUGGAUCUGCCUAUGGUAAGUGGAGACAGGAUCCACUGUUUAGACAUCCUGUUUGCCUUCACCAAACGUGUCCUGGGGGACAGCGGAGAGCUGGAUAUACUGAGACAACAGAUGGAGGAAAGAUUUGUGGCAUCCAACCCUUCCAAAGUGUCUUAUGAGCCUAUCACAACUACGCUGAGGCGUAAGCAGGAAGAAGUUUCAGCAGUGGUUAUCCAGAGGGCUUACAGGGCUCGUUUAGCAAGACGGGGCUUUAUUAGCCGAAGGCCUGUCUCCACAAAACUGGAAAAUGGAGGAACAAACAGGGAGAAAAAAGAAGGUACCCCGUCUACUGCAUCUCUCCCAUCAUAUGACAGUGUUACCAAACCUGAGAAGGAGAAACAGCAACGGGCAGAGGAAGGAAGACGAGAAAGAGCAAAAAGACAAAAAGAGGUCAGGGAAUCCAAGUGUUGAGACAAAAUAAUAGGAUUGUACAAAUUAAAAUAUUUGCAAGUGAAAAGAUUGUUUACAAACUUCAUGAAAUAUAUCAAUACAGAACAGCUGUGGAGACACUUACCUGAAGAUCUUAUACCAAACAUAGUCUGCUUACUGUGUGACAGCGUUGCAUCUAAAGCAGUGACCUACCACCUGUUUAAAGGACCCUUGUAAACAAACAUUUAAACACAAAAAAGGAAAAAAAAAAAAAAAAAAAAGGAUUUUCUAUUGUUUGGGCAGGUGGAUACUGCAUGUUCCACAUCAGUCAAUGCAACUUAGGACAAACAAGCAAAAUAAAACACACACACACAGAAACAAAACCUGCUGCUGGGAUUCAUGUAUUUUCCAAAGCAGCCAAAAAUGGAUUUUAUUUUCCCAUUUUGUUGAUUAUUAUUGAAAGAAAACCCAGAAGUCACAAUGUUAAAGGGUUUGUUCAUGCAAAACUAGAUUUGCAUUUAGUUAAGCAGCAAAAAAAAAAAAAAAAGAAAAAAGAAAAAAAGAAAAAAGUUAAAACAAGUAAAACAAAAAAAAGGAGAAAAGAAACAAACCACCCAUUUAGCCCAUGCCAUUUAAUUGUCAUAGUUUAUUUGAUAUUUAUUAUCUGCAUUCUACUUUCUACAUGGGCUUUACUUGGUUUGGGAGAUGGGGUAAUCGGGUACCUUCAGCCUGGAGACAGCUCAGGCUGAUUCCCCCCAAAAAAAGUGCUCGUUCAAUGCAUAGAAACGAUUUGCAUGAUGGCAUGCCGUGACCAGGAACCAUGCAUGAGGAACCAUUAAACCACAAGACACUCAAUAGUCUGUCCACAGCAGUGUGUUAAGCCAUAAAUUUGAGGCACUCCACUGACUACCGUACACUGUAUUUGGAGAUAAACUUUAACAAUAAUCAUGCCCUUCACCAAUACUUCCCAGUUCUUAGCGAUCUUUCAUAGACCCGCCAGUAGGAGGAAAAAAAAAAAACAACAAACAGAAACAAGCAGAUGAAAUAAUUGUGUGUGUAUGUUUAACAACUUGUCUUUUUUUUUUUUUCCAUACAGCCAUCCUUUUUUGCACACUGAAAUAUAACAAAACUAAAUGCUGCUCUGGACUUCAUCCAAGGGGAGAUGAUAAAAACUGAGAAUGGCUUGUUAUACUAUGUCACUGUAAAACCAAAAUCUAGGGCUUAAAUACCAGUCAGUAAGUUCAUUUGUAUCCUGCAAUAUUUAUCAUUAAUAUUAAUUAUUAUUCAGUCUCCAUCCUGCAGCAUAGACUUUUUUUUUUUUUGUAGAGAUGAGUGCUGAAAAAAGUAGCAUGUUAUCUCUACUGGUAGAAAUUUGGGGAGCUUACCCAAAGCAAUCCCACUAGCAGGGCUGGGGGACGGGGACAUGCCUCACAGCGUUCAGUUGUCCAUCAGGAUUCCUCCUCCGGGUGGGAUGCAGAGCCGUGGGUGUCUUUCCGAAACCCUGAACCCUUCCUCCCUUGGUACGAGUUUUUUUGCAGCUCUGCACUUUGUUGCUGCAUGGGUUUUCUCGCUUCUGUAGCCACGAGGGUUUUUAACAAGACGCAGCACAGGAAGGGCCAUGUCCCGGGGUGCAGGGUGGAGAGCCGGCUGUCGGGUGCCUUCACGUUCUUCCCAUUUCUUACGCUUUCAUAGAGCGACAACUAAAACAGCCCCACAGGUUGGGUAGGAAUUGGAGCUACCUCUUGCCUAGUCUUCUCGCUGCAGCAGUAAAUAAUGCCACAGAAACAUCACGAGCCAAGUCCAAACAUUUCUUUUUCUCAAUGACCAAGACUCAGACAUCCCCAGAUCCUGUUUUCAUGGUGUCCUCAUGACUAAGCCAGCUCUCAGCCAUUGCACUGGUUGAGAUGUUUUUCUUCAGGGCCAGCGUGGGUAUUCUUACAGGGUAGGACAGCAGCGCCGCAGCACGGGUGCUUUUCUGCCGGCGGUUGGAAGGAGAAGCGAGGGGUCAGUGCCGCUGCUUGCCUCAACCGGGAGGUGCUGAGGUUGAGCGCGGGCGUUUGAAUGCGGACCAAAUUAAGGGUACCCAGAAUAGCAGGAAAAAAACCCCAAACCCCAAGACAACAGAACUUGAUGGCAGGAUGAAUCUCGGUUUGCAUAAUCUCACAGCCCAGAAAAUUACAGGAGUCACUUAAAAAAAAAAAAACAAAAAAAAACCACACCAACAAAACCAAGCAGGAAGCCAUCCAGCAGCCAUCUGUGCCACGUCCGGCGUCCUCGACGCGCAGCCUAGCCAUCGCCAUGUCAGUGGAGCAGUUCUGCUGCACCCCGGAACACAGCAAGGAACCUUUUCUAUCCUGUCAGCUCUUGCCCCAGUUGCUCCUAAGAUAUGAUGUAUAAUAACAAAGAAAAACUACAUACAUAUGUACAGGCUACAUUGUAAACAGCACAAAAAGAAAAAAUAGCUGAAAAGUGUGGUUGAACUUUUUAAGAGAAUAUUAUAAAUACUGUAAUAUAUCAUUUUAUUUUAUCGGCAUGCCUUUUUGUAAAUACAAAGAACUACAAAAAUAAUAGAAUGGCUUCUGGCUUAUGCCAUUGUCCAUGUUUAUUUUUAUUUUUUUAAUAUUUUUCUGUUUUCCUUAGACUUUAGAUAGCCAGUAAACAUCCCCUAAAGAAAAGAAAAGAAAAAAAAAAAGACAAACAAAACCCUACCCCCCCCACCCCAAAACAGAUUUAAAAAAAAAAAAAAAAAGCUUUAUUGCAAAUGGUCUUUGCAACAGCAAAAGUAUAUAUUUUUGGGUUCCAAUGUGCAAUAAGUUGACCACUUCUAUGCAAGAUUUGGCUAAACUUCAUAAUUGUUCUUAAGCUGGGCUAUUGACUCGUAGGUGAAGCUUGGUACGUUUAGUGUUCGUGCUGGCAAUUCCAUUAAGCUACUCAAGUACUUUAAAAAGUCCCUUCAAACUAUGUAUAUAUAUUUAUUUUUUUAACAUUAGAUCUGUAUUAAAUGCAAGAGGCCAGUGGCAUUGUCAGUCAGCAUUGCUGAGAAAGAACAGGAAUGAGCAGUUUCUUCAACUGUUUGUUAGCUGGAGUCAGUCCUUCUGCUCAAAGAAAAGUUUCGGGGGGAUUUUUUUUGGUUUGUUUUUCUCUCAGUUUCCUCCCUAGGGCAGAUAUUUCCACCAGCCGCAGCUCACGGGUGCUGAAAGCAAUGGGUCUGCAUUUCUGUGCACCUUCACUGGGUGAAGCCAAAGACAGAGAGGAAACUUUGGUCAAAGAGCAUUAGGGACAUUCGUGUCAUGUGCAAAUCUCCAAAUUCAAAUGUGUGCACAGAAUUUAUGUUCCCAAUUCAGGGUUGUGGGAAUAAAGCAAGGGUGGUGGUGUCAAAAAGACAUAGCCAAAUAUCAAGACUACAACAAGUUGCUCUCUUCCCUCCCCCACUUAUAAAAUCCUCCCUUUUGGGUUAAUUUGUGACUGUGUUCUUCAAAGAGCAGAGGGGAAGAGCGAUAAAGAAAUACCAAUUCAAUCUGCUUUAUUCACUUUUCCUGUUCACCUCUUUUUUUUUUUUUAAAUAUAGAAGCCAAUGUUGAACAAAACAAAUUAAAAUAAAACCAUGAUGUUACAUAGAGGCCACACCCAAGUUUGAAUUAUUUUCUGCCGCAAAAAAAAAAAAUGUUAAAGCUGUAAAAGAUCAAUAGUGAAGAUUAGUGUAUUAGAAAUUGCAUGGUGGCUCAUAAUGAUCUUACCCAACAUGAUUAACAAUUACGUUACUAUAAGCCAAAAGAAAAUAAAAUAAAUGUUACCCUUUUCACUGUACAA